UUUACAAAAAAAAAAUGCAAAAAGCAACAGGCGCGCGCGAUAUUUUCGUCAAUUUAUUUUUAAAGUUUCAAAAGAAAAAUAACUACACAUUGGCUUUCGGUACAUUGUAGCUUGCAAUAAACUAAAGAGUGUAAAUGAAAUAAUGUGUUAGUAAAAAAAUUGUUUAUACCAUAUUUGUAUUCAAAAUGCCCAUGCCCAAGCAAAAAAGUAGUAGGACAAGAAAUACCCAGGGGAUUCUGAUAAACUUGGCGGAGGGGUUCUCGGAUGACUGCGAUGAGCUGAUGCACAAGUGCCUGGAGACGGAGACCCUCAACUACCAGGUGUUCUGCAACAUCUGGAAGGACAUGAACUUCGCUCUGGUGUUCCAAGGCAAGACUACGGGUGUGGAGGUGGCGGAACUGUCGGAGGAGCUGGUGGCCGUCGCCAAGCGGUACAUGGUCGGGAACACCACCAGCUAUGAGGAAUGCGUAGCAGGCCUCUUCCUAGUCUACAGCCUUCUCCACCUCCAACCGUACAAGAGGUUUGCCAAACUCCGCAUAACCCCAGCAGACCUGGACGCUAUACACAGCCUGGAAGACAUGGCGCGGCGGCAGAGGAGGUACGACGUCCUGUACAUACUGGGCUCUCUCAUGAUAGGAGGAUAUGUGGAGUUCCAUAUUGCUGAUAGGGAGUACGGGAUUGAAAGUUCUAUGAGGAAGGCUUUUGAUGCGCCGGUGAGCACCGAGUGCGGAGGCGGCGUGCGUCCUCGAGGAGUGUUCUACCGACAGACGGAGGAGCUGCAUCUGCUGCGAGAGCUGAGCGUGUUGGGGGGACGGUACUCGCUGGCUAAGGCUAGCAUUUCAGGUGGCAAGAAACCGGAGCGCACGCUCAGCUACGUGAACGAGCAGCUCGCGGCGCAGCUGGCCGCCUCGCUCAAGCAGCUCAUCAGCGGCUCGCUGGCCGUGGGCGCCGCCAACAUGCGCGAGAACCGGUCGGACGUGGUGAUGAAGAUCAAGCAGCGCGCCAUGAUCGAGACCGUCACCAAGAUGAGGCAUCUCAUGAGCACCGAGGACAGCGAAAGAAAAUGCCCUCCGUCGCCUUCCAGUUCAAAGUCUCCUAGAAAGUCCAGUCCAAGGAAGAAAGCUCUAACGAGCCAAGAUGAACCAGAUAAUCUUGCAGAUGGUGAAGAUGAUAAAUCUCCAAAGGGAACACAACAAAAUGGUAAGAAAACAAGAAAAACAACACCCAAAGGAAAAUGUGCCAGUAGAGAUCUAACAAAGAACAAAACAGACAAUCUAGAAAGGAAAUCUACUGGUAUUAGAUCAACACAAAUAAAUAAAAGAUCUCCAAGAAAAAAGCAAGCUGCACAGAAAACGAAACGAAAAAGGAAAAGUAAGAAAUCAAUAGAUGAGGAUACAACUUCAGAAGAAGAACUUGAAGAUUUUAAAUUAGAAACAGAUUUAAGCUCAAAUGCCACUGAUACAAAGUCUGAACAGUCUUGUGAGGCAGAUGAAAGUCGGACAGUUGAAUCCAGCGAGAAAAUUAUUCCUCUAGAAAAGUAUGAGGUUCCUGUUGUAUUCACUGAUCUCAACAGUCAAAUAGAAAUAGAGUUUAUAGACAACCUUAAAACGACAACAAAUAACAUAGAAGAACCUGAAAAUGAACCAGAUAUCAUUCUACCUGAUAAACCUAAAGAUUGUGAAGAAGACUCCAAUUCUAAUCGUGUGGCAAAAGGUAAAGGUAAAAGGAGAAAAAAAUCGACCAACAAUGAAACACAAGUGAAAGAAGAGGAAACUCGUUCCACAAGGUCAAAAACAAGAUCACUUGAAGCACAAUUUGAAGGGUCUUCUGAUGAUGAACCUGUAGUUUAUCCCAAAGUUAAAUCUUUACAGAGAACCAUACUAGCUUCGAAGCUGAAAAGGUUAGGAUUACUGUCUGUAGCCGAUAUUGAUGAACCGGUGUUGAAGAAACGGAAAGUAAAAGAAGUAGAGAAAGAAUAAAAUCUUGAAACUAUGAUAUAUUUAUCGAGAUUCUAGAUCUAGAAAGCAACUACUUGGCUAUUUACUUCCUAACCUCUGUUUUAAGCUACAUUUCUAGUAGACAAAUAUGAGCGAAAGCUCUCUCAAAGAGAAUAUCAACGUAAUGGGAGUAAAUAUAUAAAAAUCUUCCAUCUAAAAAUAUAUUUCACAAAGAGCCUUUAAUGUGCGUGAUGUUACAUAUUUUGUAAAUAGGUAGAUUAGGGAUCACAAGAUUGUGAAAAUGUUUAUAAUU